AUGGCGAGUUACAGCAGAGCUGCCCAGCAAUGGGCGACCUUCUCCAGGGUGUGGCGCGUCAUUGAUGCCAAUAUGCAGCCGCCUGGGAAGAUUGCAUCGAUGUGCGCCGUCCACCUGCAGGGUCUGCACAAGCCCGUGUACCAUGCACUGAGUGACUGCGGAGACCACGUGGUGGUGAAGAACACCAGACACAUCGCCUUCUCUGGAAAUAAAUGGGAACAGAAGGUUUAUUCUUCACAUACGGGGUAUCCUGGAGGCUUCAGACAAGUCACAGCAGCUACUCUCCACCGCAAGGAUCCCACCGCUAUCGUGAGGCUGGCCGUGUAUGGGAUGUUACCGAAAAACCUGCUUCGGAGAACCAUGAUGGAGAGGCUGCAUAUAUUUCCUGAAGAGGAUAUUCCAGAAGAAAUCUUGAAGAAUCUUGUUGUAGAGCUCAAACAGCCCAGAAUCAUCCCCAGGAGGCUGGACGAGUACUCGCGGGAGGAAAUCGAGGCUUUCCCUAAACUCUGGAUCCCAUCCACAGACUACCUGCCCCAAUAACUCCUUAUCAAAGGAACACCAGGACACAUUACCAUCAACAAGACCUGUCAAGAUUUUUUUAUGUUUUAUAUGGAUGUUGCAUUUUGCAGGACAAUAAAUCCACUUCGCAACAAGG